AUGGAAAUGCUCUCCAUGCUCUACCAUUACCAUCGCAAGUUCACCGGCAACGUCUGCACUGACUGGCGACUCACUCACGAUCUCCAUACACUGGUGGAGGGCGAGGACGGGAAGUCGAAGCUCGUUAAGAGCAAGGCGUUCGAGCAGUUCCUCAAUCCGGACUAUGCGGGAACUGAAGCAGGGAGCUGUCAGGAAGCAGGAUACAAGUCCAAGCAGCUCAGGUUCUCCGUGUAUGUCAAGUCACCGGCAGAGGCAGCUACGCACGUGCAAAGCAUCCUCUAA